CCAAUGAAAUUCCCAUCUAAUUAUAAAUAGCAAAACCAGACUAUCAAGUAUAAAUAAGCCCUGGUCAUCCCACCUGAGCAAACUUUGAGGUGGGAGGUCUGUGUGUGCUUCUCUUACUUCCAAGCAAUGCUGUCCACAAGGGCGAGUGUGGCUUCCUCAGGUUCUCCUGCUGCGUGGAGGAACUCGAGUGACACUCAGAAUAAUUUGAAGAGUAAGAGUGCAUGCCUCCUGACACGGGUUACAGAACAAGACAGCCGUGCUGUGAGAAAGCCCCUCAUGACAUUUUCCUGCCCGGAUGUUUUGAAGACUCUCCUCUCCCAGCACUGGAAGGACCUGCAGGAGGGAUUUUCAGAUUCUGAAGAGCUCAACAAAGAGAUCGAAUUCCAGAGCGAUGAACUGCAAUGGACAGCCACGAAAAGGGGUCUGUGGUCACUGGAGUACAAGAGGGAGGUCACCAACCCACUGUGCAUCACAGUAGCGCAGGGCUACACAGACUGCCUGCGCUACCUGCUGGAGCAUGGGGCCCGGCCCAACCUGGCUCCCGGGGGCAAGACGGCGCUGCACGAGGCCUGCGAGAACAGCAACACCGACUGCGCCGUGCUGCUCCUGCAACAUGGGGCCAACCCCAACCUGCUGAACGAGGACGGGCUUGCACCCCUGCACCUCUGCAAGACAUCGCAGUCAUUCAGAUGUGCCAAAGUCUUACUGAGGCACGGCGCUGUGGUUGACCAGCCCAGUGAGGAGGAAUGCGAGACUCCCCUGCAUGUGGCGGCCAAGCAUGGUCUGAACAAUCACCUGCACCUGUACCUGCGCAAUGGGGCGGCGGUGGACUGCACUGACAGGUCUGGAGAGACCCCGCUGGGGGCCGCCUGCGCUGGGGCCAAGAGCCCCGAGGAGCUGGAGAACUACCUGAAGGUGUGCCGCUUGCUGCUCCUCUAUGGAGCCGAGGCCAACGCAGUGGACAAGGAGAACAGAAGCCCGCUGCACAAGGCUUGCAGGAACGCCCAACACAGCCUGGUCAUGCUGCUCCUGGAGAACAAGGCCGACAUCAAUGCCAUCGACUACAACGGGGGCUCGCCGCUCUCCAACGUGCUGCAGAACAGCAACCUCAAGCUGGACCUGCAGCCGCACCUCACCGUGCAGACCCUCCUCAACCACGGGGCUCUCAAAGUCUGGCCACUGGCUUUUCUCAAGGUGUUGACAUUGUGUGCUUCUGCACCUAAAACAAUUGAAGUCUUGUUUAAUUCCUACCACCAAAUCCAGGUGACAUGCAAAUGGAUGGAGGCUGUCCCAGAGGAAAUCUACCAGAUUCACCAGAGUUUCUACGAGUCUCUGUUUUCGCUGGAGGGCAAGCCUCGUUGUCUCCAGCACAUGUGCCGUUCCGCCAUACGGAAACAAUGCGGCCACAAGUGUCAUGUCAUCAUUACACAGCUGCCACUGCCAAAGUUCCUACAACGAUACCUUUUACUAGAAACCGAGGGGAUGCUCUACUAGCCCCCGACACACCACCAGACGGUUGUGAAAUCGAUGGGCCAAUAGUAUUGCUUCAGGGUGGGUUUACAAGGGACAAGGGCAUGGAAAUCACAGCAUGUCUUGCAUGGUUUUUAAACAGUGCCCGUUCCUUAAUUGUACAGUGAAUCGGGAGUUGUAGAUGACUCUGGAUAACAGAUAAGUAAAGACAGUUAAAAGACAAACUUGACAAACAUACGCUCCAUACAAAUCGGACUGCCCUUCAAUCAGAUUACUGUGUCUUGGAAUAAUAUCCUGUGCUAAUAUUGCUUAACUCUGUACUGUCAAGCAGAAUCAAUCAUGUCACCUCUUACUGCUCUUCUCAGUACACACUUACAUGUUACUGUUAUCACAUCCUGCAGGGGGCACUGUGAGCUCAAUUGACCACCUGCUAAGUAUUCAUAAUGAAACAUUUUCAUCACAUUACAGGGUUUGGACAGUUCUAGUUCCAAACCCUUUUUUUAAAUACAUUUUUGUUUAGGAAAUACCUAUGGUUGUUUUUUUUAUAUUAGUUUUAAAGCACCUUUGUACUUAAUUUGGAGUAGGAAUUUCCAAACAACUCCCUACUUUAAACAUUAUUACUUAAAACAAAGCUUACCUGGGAGGCCAAGAUCUCCUUUAUUGAUUGUUUUCCAUUGUACUAUCUCUCUAAAACCUUAAAGAGAACUUUAUAAUACCUGUGUCCCACUGAUAAUCCCAGCAACUACAAGCUGACCAGCAACAAUUACAAACUGGAGUCCCAAAUGCACUGGUAUCUCACUGGUGCCCCAACUGGUGGUCAAUAAGAUUAAUUUGACUAAGAGUGUAGACAGCAAGCAUUUGGCUUUUAUAUGCUAGUAAACAUGACUGCUAUAUGAAAUAAGACCUCUGGCCUAUUUCACCUGAUAUUACUAACACUUAUACAGGAGGGAGUAAUUGUAAGAGAAUAUUAGGGAAAAAAAUACUUCAAGUUUAUUAGCAAGCUUUAAAAGCUCUACAUGUGCAUCACUGGGAAUGGAGCUGCAGACUCACCCAGCUUCUAACACAUGCAGUGAGCUGUUCUGCUGCUUGUACUGUAUUUCAUUAUUGGUUGCACAUUGCUAUUGGUUUUGAGUUGUUGGUUUUUUUUCACUCUACAAGUUAAUAUUAAAAGUCAUGUUAGUUCAAUGUUCUGU